CUCGGUAUUGAUCCAAUCGCAUUGAAAGCAACCCAAAAUACCCACGAGCAAUCUUGUGGCGAACCGAACUCAUACUGAAGCACACAUACACACACACGAACUUACGCAUUAACAUCUCCCCGCUGUUGAGGCUUUGGCAGCAGGAAAAAAGUGCAAAUUACAUAACUCGUUUAUUUGUAUAUACAAAAAGUAGUUUGAGGUACAAAAUUCUACAUCAUCUGCAUAAGCCGAAUAUCCGAUACGAUUUCAGAGUAUCACAAUCCAUGAGUUCAGAGUAAAACAAGCACAAAUACACACAAGCAAGGCAGCCAGCCAGCAGCAAGCAGGCAGGCAAACCAUCAAACGACUCCGAACUACGGAUAUUACAGUCUGGAUAAUAGUACAGCUGACAGGAGCGAAAAAGGAGAGACAUCGCUCCAGCGGAGACGUCAUCUGAUCUGAUCUGGUCCGGUCCGGCAAUCAUCUCCAAGUGGACAAACGCAAACAAUUUCGAAUUGCAGAUAAACCCGACAUGUCGGCGGCUCGCUUGCCCUACUAUCAGCAGGAUCAUCCGCCGGACCAGCAGCGGCGCGGUGGACGCGGCCAGCGGGGCUAUUCCGACCGCAACGCCUCCGGCUCUCAUAGACGGGAGCGUAGCCGCUCCAUAGAACGCCGUCGUUACAGUCGCAGCCGCUCUCGCUCCCGCAGUCGUUCCAUAGAGCGUUCGGGCCAACGGCGACGACGUGACGAGCGGAACGAUGAGCGGCGUCAACAGCAGCCAACGCGCUACCACCGCGAAAGGGACUCCAGGGAGCGUUCACGGGAGCGAGACCGUGACCGUGACCGUGAACGUGAACGUGACCGUGACCGCGACCGCGAUUACUCCAGACGCUCCAGCCAUUAUCGUCGUUCAGACUCGCCUGUAUCCGGCGGUGGAGGCGGAGGCGGUGGCGGCUGCCCCAGCUCCAGUUCCAGUCAGCGACGCUAUCGCCAAUCAUCUGGAGGCGGGUCAGAUCCGAAUGCCGCCCAGAAUCCACACAAUGAGGCCCAGCCAGCAAACAGAUCCAAUGCCAUGUCCGCCGUGGGCGCCUAUUACAACCUUGACACGGAGGAGCCUUUCGACAAGGAGCGCAUUCAUCGUGAAAUGGAGGAGAAACUGCGUGAAGCCCUCGCCAGAGAGGGAAAAGUUUAUCCGCCACGUAAGCCUGAGCCGCCGUCGCAUCCUGUCUUUGCCAAUGAUGGCUCGUUCAUGGAGCUGUUCAAGAAAAUGCAGCAGGAGAAAAGCCAGCAGCUGCAGAUCGGCCAGGACUAUCAAUUGGAGAAUAGUGCGCUCGGAUCUGGCAGCACGGACCUACAAACACCGACAGAGGCUCAUCCAGGCAUACCUUGCCUGCCCGCCAUUGCAGUGGGAGCUGCAAACAGUGCGACAGCACCCUAUAUUGCUGCUGCGGCAGCCGGAAAAUCUGCUCCUCCGCCACCCAUGGUGGGACGUCGGCGCGGCGGCAAGGUCCUGAAAACCGGGAUGGUUGCCAAAUUGAAGACACAAAAUGAGCAGGAUGUGGAUCCGAAGGACUUCUGGUCGCUAUAUUUAGCCGAGGUCAACAAAUAUAAGAGCAAUGCCUGCGAUACGGACAAUGGCAAGCGUCCAUUGGUCAAGUAGGGCAUGGAAAAAUGAACUUGAACGCAUAACGCAUAAGAAACUCCCUAUGGAGACUCUCCCUUCAGGAGCGAUCCUCCCGUUUGGUUUGCUUUAUGCCCCGCCACACACCAGUCACCAGACACACUCGACACAAUCCGAUUUGGGCAUCACGCGCCCUCAAGCUCACAUUAAAAUUACAUAUGUACAUUAUGCAAAUGAUGGUAGAUCCGAUCCGCAGAGAAUUGUAGUUUUCUGAACAAGAGAUUUUUGUGAAUGUAAAUUACGAGAAAUUUUUGGCUUUUUUUUUUUACAUAUAUUAUAGUGCAUAUGUAUUGUAUGUAACUUUUUCACACGUUUAGGGACGAAGCCGUAGCCGCUGCCUCAUUAUAAGAAUACUAAUGAAUGAUUAAUCAUAGAAUAGCUUCUAAGGCCGUAGCAUAGUGGACUUAUACGUAUUGUAUAUGUAUCUCUUUCUAUAUUAUAUACAUGCAAACAUAUACAUAUAUAUUCGUACAUAUAUUAGCAUAUUAUUAGUGCAUAGUAUAGCGCACAUUCAGCAUCGACAAAAACAUAAGGAACUAACCUAUAUGAUUCUUUAUAAUCUAUCUCUUUCUCUCCGUCUCCGUUCAUGCACCAAAAACUCGACUCUGUAUCGAAACUUGAUCCUUAUUUCAUUAUCCAUUAUCUACUAUCCACUAUCCAUUAUGUCAUUAUAUUUUAUGUUAUUAUAACGAUCCACAUCUCAACCGACUAUCAA